CGAGACUGAUGCAAUGCUACCUACCAAGACUGCUAGCAACCAGCAGCACCAGAGAAAAAGCAAUUGUAUGUGCAUGCUUGUGCAACAUGAACGAGAAAUUUUGGGGACUUUAAAGAUUCUACUCAUCUAGUACUUGCUCAGCUUUUGUUCUAAAUCAAGGAAAUUUCUCCCUGUUGCAACUCGUUUUUGAGAGGCCGCAACCCGAUCCCACCCUUUUCCAAAUUCGCUACCCCAGACCCCCAAACGUAAUCUUAUUACUAGCACAUACCAUUGCCAGCUCAUACUAUUUUUUCCCGUUUUCCGAUAGCUAAAUCAUCAUGAGCACGGCACCUGUCUCACUGACCUGGGGCUGCGCUUCAGUGCACUCUGAUGGGGCCUUCUCCACCACUAGCGCUGUACAGGAACUUCUUAGCACGCUGCAGGACCUCAAAAUCACACAUCUCGACAGCGCACAGCUAUAUGGCGACUGCGAGGUCCUGCUUGGCCAGGCUGGCGUCACCAAGUAUAACUCCUUUGUGAUUGACAGCAAGACGCCUGGUGGAUUCGUGCCGGGCUCCCUGGCGCCGGAGAAGCUCGAGGCCGACUUUCACGCGACGCUUAAGAACCUCGGUAUCGCCAAGCUCGGGACAUUUUUCCUCCAUGCGUCGGAUCCGACGACGCCAAUUGAGCCAGCCUUGGAAAAGCUCGACGCGCUGUACCGCGAGGGCUAUUUUGCGCGUCUGGGCCUGUCCAACAUGAAGGCCGACGAGGUCGCGGCCGUACACAAGCUGUGCACCGAGCGUGGUUGGGUCGCUCCCAGCGUGUAUCAGGGCAAUUACUCGGCGUUUGCGCGCCGGCAGGAAACAGAGCUGCUCCCGACGCUGCGCAAGCUAGGCAUUUCCUUUUCCGCCUACAGUCCGCUGGCGGGUGGGUUCCUAGCGCGACGGAGCGCCGACGAGCUUACUGCGCCGGGUACCGGGGGCCGCUUCGCUAUCGACCCGGCGGAUCCAGAGGGUAAAAAGGGCGGUCUAGGCCUAUACCGACAGCUGUACAGCUCGCGCCCCAAGCUAGUCGAGGCGCUGGCGGACUGGGGUCGCAUCGCCGACGCCGCUGGCUGUAGCUGUCCGGCCGAGUUGGCGUUCCGGUGGGUGGUGUGGAAUUCAGCGCUGAUGCCUGAAAAUGGUGAUUGUGUUACCUUGGGUGCCCGCAGUAUAGAGCAGCUCCGCAAAACAGUGGGUUGGGUAUCAAAAGGGAGACUGGAAGCGGAAACGGCUGCUAAAAUCAAUGCCUUGUGGGAGGAUAUUAAAAGUGUCGCGCCACUUGACAAUAAGCAUAUGUAGUACACUUUCUCAAAGAGCUUACACAGCGGCUGCCAAUAGUAAACUUUGACGAUAAACACCCUC